AUGCAAUUCCUCACUAAACUCGCCAUCACUGCUCUUUUCGCCACUCCUCUUUUGGCCGCCCCAAUCCCAAUAGCUGAUGCCGACGCCGAUGCUAAGGCCGACCCAAUCAAUAUGGACUCUCUUAAAGGCAUCUUCUCCAACGAAAAUAGAAACCCAUUAAUCGCUGGUGCUGCCAUCGGCGCGGUUGGCGCCAUCGGGGCCAAAGAGCUCUACGACCAUGAAUUCAAGAAGACCACCUCGACAUUGGUAGCAACCGCUACCAGAGUGGCUACAGCAACCGCUGCUUAA